AGCAGCAGCAUCACGCUGACCUCUGCCUGGGAUGUAAACCCCGCCGGCCGCAGCGGGCAGAGGAAGGCUGUCGGCUCCUUGGGCAAAGUCAGCCCACCCCUAGCUCCCAGCGGCUGGCAGGCGGGCGAGCGGCGACUGCAGCUUCGACCUCGGCAGCGCCCAGCGGCGGCUGCGGGAAGCGGAGAGAGCCCGACGCGGGCGCGGGCGGGGAGCGUGCGUCCGUGCGCACAGGCAGCGAGAGGAGGGGCGGCGCGCGCCAUGGCCGGGGACAGCGAGCAGACCCUGCAGAACCACCAGCAGCCCAACGGCGGCGAGCCCUUCCUGAUCGGGGUCAGCGGGGGCACGGCCAGCGGCAAGUCUUCCGUAUGUGCAAAGAUUGUGCAACUCCUGGGGCAGAAUGAGGUGGACUAUCGCCAGAAGCAGGUGGUCAUCCUGAGCCAGGAUAGCUUCUACCGUGUCCUCACUUCAGAGCAGAAGGCCAAAGCUCUAAAGGGCCAGUUCAACUUUGAUCACCCGGAUGCCUUUGACAAUGAACUCAUCUUCAAAACACUCAAAGAAAUCACCGAAGGGAAAACAGUGCAGAUCCCUGUGUAUGACUUUGUCUCCCACUCUCGGAAAGAGGAGACAGUCACCAUCUAUCCUGCAGACGUGGUGCUCUUUGAAGGGAUCCUGGCCUUCUACUCCCAGGAGGUCCGGGACCUGUUCCAGAUGAAGCUUUUCGUGGAUACAGAUGCGGACACCCGGCUCUCCCGAAGAGUAUUAAGGGACAUCAGCGAAAGAGGGAGGGACCUUGAACAGAUUUUAUCUCAGUACAUUACGUUCGUCAAGCCUGCCUUUGAGGAAUUCUGCUUGCCAACAAAGAAAUAUGCUGAUGUGAUCAUUCCUAGAGGUGCAGACAAUCUUGUGGCCAUCAACCUCAUCGUGCAGCACAUCCAGGACAUCCUCAAUGGAGGGCUCUCCAAGCGGCAGACCAAUGGCUGUAUCAACGGCUACACCCCUUCACGCAAGAGGCAGGCGUCAGAGUCCAGCAGCCGGCCCCAUUGACCCCAUCUUCUUCAGAACCCAGCCCUUAGCUACAAGAAACAGGAGGGGCCAGCACGCAUCAUCUGUAUAUACCUUUCCUAUGACAUUACUAUAUUUAAGAAAACACCAUGGAGAUGAAAUGCCUUGAUUUUUUUUUUUUCCUUUUUGUACUUUGGAACAGCAAAUCAAACAGAACUUGACCCUAAGCUUCAGUGCUAGACGGUGCCAACUACUACUGGUGAUGUCUAAUUAUGAGUCCUACAUGUAAGCAGUUAUAAAUACACAUAUAUACAUAUAUAUAAAA